AUGGCAGACUACCCCCGCCCAGACUUCCCCCGCAAAUCCCUAAACUGGAGCACGCUCGACGGCCCCUGGAGCUUCGCCUUUGACGACAAAGACACCGGCCUCUCCUCACAAUGGCACAAGACCGGACUCUCAGCCGCUCCCAUUGAGCAACGCACCAUCCAAGUCCCCUUCGCCUUCCAAACCCCCGCCUCCGGCAUCGGCCUCUACGAAGUCCACGAAGUUCUCUGGUACGAGCGCGACAUCACCGAUCUCCGCUCCGCCGCCGAGCAGCACGCCGGCAACAGAGUCCUCCUCCGCUUCGGCGCUGUCGACUACGAGUGCUCUGUCUGGGUCGACGGGCAGUACUUCGGCGGCCAUCGCGGGGGCCAUGUCCCCUUUGACGUGGACGUGACGGACGCCUUUGCUGCGGGCGGCGCGAAGCGGCUUACGCUACGGGUGUACGAUUCUGCGACAGAUCUGGCGCAGCCGCGGGGGAAGCAGUUCUGGGGUCCUGUGCCGGAGAGUAUCUUCUAUACGCCCACGAGUGGGAUCUGGUUGAGUGUGUGGGCGGAGAGUGUCCCGCGCACGCGGCUGGUUGAUGGGAGUGGGGGCACCGUGCUGCGGUCUGAUGAUGUGGAGGCGGGCGUGCUCCAUGCGCAGGUGGCCGUUACGGGACGCAGCCCGCGGGCGAAAUAUUCGAUUGAAAUUGAGGUGAGUUUGGCGGGUGUGCAGGUGAGCAAGAGCGAGGCAGAGCUCCGUGCGGACCGGGACUGGAUCGCGCUGGAGCCGAGCAUGGUUGUUGAAGAGGGAAAGCUGGAUGCUGUGAAGAAGAAGGAUGCCCGGUUGAUAGACGACGCCGCCUGGCACGAAGAGCGGGUUGCGUUGUGGGCGCCUGAACACCCGAUUCUGUAUGAUCUUGUGCUGCGGCUGUAUGACGGCGAGCAUAAGCUUAUGGAUGAGGUUGAGACUACGACUGGAAUGCGGAGCCUGGAUUGGCAGAAGGGCGACGGGACGUUUAGAUUGAACGGGAAGCCGUACUUCCAGAUGCUAUUCCUUGACCAGGGUUAUUGGCCAGAGACUGGAUUGACGCCGCCGUCCUCUGAGGCGUUGAAGACUGAUAUUGAGUUAGGCAAAGCUCUGGGGUUCAACGGGGUUCGGAAGCACCAGAAAGUUGAAGAUCCGCGGUUCCAAUAUUGGGCUGACCGGCUAGGCUGGCUCGUAUGGGGAGAGAUGGCGAAUGCCUACGAGUUUGGACCGGAUUAUAUCGAGCGUAUGGACGCUGAAUGGACCGAGGCGGUUAAGAGAGAUAUCAACCAUCCCUGCAUCGUGACGUGGACGCCUAACAACGAGAGCUGGGCGUAUACUUCGCUCAAAGACAAUAUUGAACAGCGAAACCACAUGCGCUCGCUGUACUACUUGACCAAAUCUCUUGACCCAAGCAGACCCAUCAACGACAACUGCGGAUGGGAGCAUGUCCUCACUGAUCUCACAACAUACCAUGACUACGCCGACUCGCCUGAGUUGACAGAAACCUGCUCCAAGAUGGAGGGUGGGAUUCUCGCCGAUAAAGCUGGCCACGCCAUGUUCACUCGGCCCAUCUACAAGGGAUUCUCUGGCCAUACCCUCAUCGAUCCUGGUGCGCAGCACAAAGCUGGAGCUCCAGUAAUCUGCUCCGAGUUUGGCGGUGUUAAUAUCGCCCCUGCUAAAGAUGUCAAGUCUGGUGAGCGCGACUGGGGAUAUACCACAGCCACAGACGUGAAUGACUUCCUUGUGCGGUAUGAAAAGCUGGUUAUGGGUAUUGUGAAAGGAGGACAUACAUGUGGACUUGUCUACACCCAGUUGGUUGAUAUUGAACAAGAGGUUAAUGGACUGUAUGCCUACGACCGUUCUGAGAAGGUCCCGGUGGCUGGUAUCAAGGCGAUUAUGGACAAGGCUCGGGGCUACUACUAUGAGCAUGUGGGCGUGCAGCAACACGGAAGCAAGGGCUUCAAGAAGCUCUUGGAACAUGGCCGUCUAGCCUUGCACAGGUCGUAG